AUGCUGGACAAACGCCCCGCGGAGCUGUUUCUCAAGUGGGACGCGGCGCAGGUGCUGCAGUACGUCCACCUGGUGCUCCCCGCCGACGAGCGCGCCGCCGCCGCCGCCUUCCUCGAGCACAACGUCGACGGCGCCCUCCUCCCGCACUUGACGCUGGAACACCUCCGCGAGAUCGGGGUGGCGCUGCUCCACCUGCGCCUCGUGAUCAAAAAGCAUAUCAGCGAGCUUAUCGCCCACCACCACCAGCGCCACCCGGCCAAGCUGUUUGGCGACAUCGACGCCGGCGUGGCGGGGGCGCUGGGCGCCGUGGCGCUCGAGCUGCUCCAGCUACUGACGGUGUUGGUGCGCGAGACGGUGAAGCGCCUUCUGCUGCGCGGCGUCUCCCAGGCGGUGGCGCUGGCGCUCGCGUCGCUGGCGCUGGCGCCCGACCUCCAGCUGCCGACGCUGCCCGAUAAGCUGGGGGGGCUCACCCCACUGGAAGUCGACGUCCGCAAGCUUAACGACAACUUUAAUCGCCUCAAAAAGGACUUGAUCCCCGUCAUUCGCUUGCUUAAAGACCUGAAACCGUUGCCGACGCCGACAUUAGACCCUGGUUCCACCAGCACCAUGGACUCGCCCACGUAUAGCCAUCGCCUGGACUUGGGGGAUGACGACCGCACUCCCCCGACCCUGAUGGCAGCGAUGGUGGUGCCGGCGCAGCUGGCGGCGCGGCCCAAGAUACAUAAAGCGGGCAGUUUCACCCUGGUGGACUCGGUGCCGCUGCUGGCGCCCGACCACCGCUUCUCGCAGGCGACGCUUCUUUCGAUGGGCACGGGCAAGAUCGUCCAGCAGCUGGUGCCCAAGCUCACGGAGACGCGCCUGGCGCCCGACUUCAAGCUCCAGAAAGUGCAGCAGCGGCGCCGCGACCCCGAGCCGCCGUUGCAUCGUGGUAUUGACGCCAAACCGCUGAUGCAGCUGCUUAAACAGCCGCCUACUCUACAGCCACAGCAGCAACAGCAAGCGCCGCCUACUUUACAACUGCAGCCGCUGCAGCCGAAGCUCGCCACCGCCGCGGAGCCGCUCAAGCAAUUGCGGGCGUCGCUGGACGACCUGUGCCUCAAGAUCUUGCAGCAGGCGAUGAAGCGCCACCACAUCCCGCGCGACGACUGGCUGAAAUACGUGUUGGUGAUCUGUUAUGGCAAUAAGGAGCGCAUUUUGAAGCUAGCGGAGAAACCGGUGAUUAUAUUCAAGGAGCUCCAGGAGUUGGGCAAACACCCGGCGAUCAUGCUUCGCCAGCUCGCUGAAGCGCCCGACGAUGGCGCUUAUGAUGAUCUGAGAAUCGCCGACGAUAUCCCCGGGGGGACCCUUUGA